CAGGACAAGACUGGACCGGCCGGAAUGGGCCCGUCGGCGUCUCGAGCCGGCAGCACCCUGCCGAGCAGGCCCCCGCGCGGCUGCUUCGUCUGCGGCCAGCUGACCGACACGCUCCACCGGCUUGUCGCCUCUUUUGAGCCGCCAGUCAGCAUGGCGACGCCGCCGUUCAACUUGCACGACUACAACGCCGACGAGAUGCCACGGUUCGCGCAGGGCGUGCAGGUGAACGUGGCGGUGUUCGGGCCGGCCUCCACCGUGGCCGUCACCCGGCUGAUGCGCCAGAUUGACGGCAUGGACGACCUCAGCUCGGUGCUCGGCCGCGUGCUCCCCUCGUCGCGCUAUGAUGACUUCGUCGUGCGCAAGGCGCGCGAGUCCGUGACGGAGUUUCUGAUAAACAACCCGGAGCUCGACGGCAGGCUGCCGAGGGACGGCCAGCAGCGCCUCCAGCGCGCGCGCGAGCGGCUGCGCGCCUUUUUCGAGAGCUGCCCGCGCGCGCGGCCGGCCAGCCUCGAGCAGUGGUAUGCUUUUGUGGACCGCUCGCUGGGGGGGGAGCAGUGGCGCAGCCCGGGCGCGCUGCACGUGCCGUCGGUGCUCAGGCUCUUCGGGCUGGAGGCGCACGAGGCCGAGGCCGUCGCGGGGACAAAGUUUGCGCGGGCGGACUGCGCGGCGGCGGGGGAGGAGCAGCCGGGCACGAGAAGGCCCGAGAAGGUGUGGCGCGCGCUCGAGUGGUUGGGCAAGGCUCUCGCUUCCGGCUACGGACCCCCAGGCGCGACGAGCGACCUUGUCAACCUCGUCUUCUUGCUGGAGCGGUCCCCGCCGGAGGCGCCCGUCGCAACCGUCGUCGAGGCGUUCCGCGCGCGGCGGCUGGAGCGAGGCGAGGUCUCGGAUCUCGAGCUGCCGCUGCGGAUGGUGCAGGAUGGCGAGUUCGACGACACGCUUGCCUGGAAGCUGCUGCACCACCUGCACAGGAAGCGAGGCUCGCUCGACGCCUUCAAGGUGCACAUGCAGCUGCCGCAGUACAGCGAUCUACCCUCCGCGCUGUGGUUCGAGUCGCUCGCCACGCAGCUGCGCGAGGCCGGGGUCGAGCCCCUCAUCGACGGCCGCUCCCUCAACGCUGACAAGGUGCGGCGCAACCCGAUGUUCAAGCUCAACGCAGACGGCGGCGCCGCCCCGCCCCCGCCGUCCAGGGAGCCGUCCGGGCAGCAUGUGGGCUAACGGGGCCCGGGUGCGGCCGGCGGGCGGUCAGCUUGCUCGGCGAGAGGCUUGUAUUCUCCAAUCGCCCACGUUUGCUCUCCACGCGGCAAACGCCAUCAGCACAAACGGGUGGAAAGCGGCCGCGCACCUUUCAUGCACAUCUCGCGACCUCUUCCAAGUCAGCACGUGUAUCUCUUCCCCAUGUCGUCGUCGUCUCGUGCGUGCGGGGCGUCCACAUGCAAAUGUGUUAUAUUCGUUUCCGAU